AUGCCCAUUGCAGAGAGCUCGUUUUCAUAUUUUUCCGUCUCAUCUGAAAGCAGUGUCCGAAUCGACUGUCCGAAUCGACUGUCCGGACUGCUUGUCCAACUGUCCGACUCCACUGUCCGGUGUCCGGCGCGCCCAGGUUCCGCGACACACCGCGACCCCGCCAUCUGCUCGUGCCACGCUGCAGCCGUCAAGGCUCGCCAGAACGAACCCUCGCUCGCAGCUGCCUCACUACUACUCGACGUCCUCGAGGAUCUCGCCUCCUCUCUCCCCUCGAGGUCCCCGGACCUUUUACGAGAAACAGAAGCUCAGCGGCUAAAUCUCCCGAUACCCACCGGGAGACUCCCAACGCGGCAGCCCGUGCUCUCGCCCUCUAGAGAUCUCACCCGUCACCGAGAGUCCUGCGACCGCUGCACUACGCUACACUAUGCAACUUCGGCGGCUACCGCCUCCGUGAUAACACGACUCACUGCUACAACACACGUCCCGUGA